UUGCUAGCGAUUUCCCAUUGGAGGGAGCGGUACGACUUCUUUCCUUUCCAAAAGCUGUGUGGUGCGUGCGACAUGCGCAGCCCGCCGACCGACGGCGCGCACCAGUCCCAGUCGGAAUCUCAGGAGCGGCCGCUGCCUGCUGGUUUGCAGGUAGUACCGUAGUACAAGGAGGAUCGCCGCUUUGAUCCGUACGGACGGUGGAGACGGGUUGGUGAGCAGCAGCAUGUGGCAUGGCGGAAGAAAAUGGUCGCAUGCUUCGGAGCGAACGACCCUGUCUAUCGUAUGACAUGUGUAUUCGUGAAUCUUCAAGCGGCGAGUGUAUCUGGUAAUUCAUCCUUACCAUUAAUGUAAUUACUUUCCAACAGAAAUUGAUCCCCUUUCAUAUUAUUUGGCAGCCCGCCGCGGGUGCUGGCUUAGUCGCCUCGGCUGCUCCAUCUCAUGCCACCCAUGUCCGGCGAGCUCGCAAUUGAACGCCCCUCACAUCCCUGGUACGGCGAGGGGAAGAUGAGAAGCAGGAGCCAGCAGAGAAGCUACUCCGUCGAACCAGCGGCGGGAUCACGGGGAGCCAUCUCCGUCGGCGGCGGAGCUCUAGGGCUGAUGGUUGCCAUGGAAAACGUCGUGAGUCUGCGGCUACUUAUCGAUGUUGGGUCAACCUGGUCUUCGGAUGGUCUUCAGCAUGCAUAUAGCGGCACAGCUUGCAUGCAACGGUAGUAGUAGUUAUUACUUAGCUAUGAAGUGAUAGAAGGUAGUAGUAGCUGCAUGUCGGCAGUAGUAAUUUCCUGAGCAGUAGUAGCUAAGCUUUACAACGUAAGUCAUGAUGUCAUUUAGGCACUGGACGUCAGCACAUGCGUUCUAUAGUCGGUUUGUAAUUCCCUAUAAAAGGAGCACUACUCCAUCGAUGUAAGAUCAUUCCACUCCGAUCAAUUCAAAUAGUAUCUUUUCUCAAGUGUAGCUCCAUCGCACUAGUCUGUGUGUGCGUAUUAGCCUAGAGAGCCUGAGCGUACCAUCACUUUGCUCUUCCACCGGUCAUCUAUCAGUAUACUCGAGUGCUAGCGAGUAGUUCUGGGCUAACAAUUGGCAUCAGAGCCUCAGAUUGUAGUAGCCAUGGCCGGUGCAAAAGGAGUGCAGCAGCACACCAUCUUGGGUGGUUCCCAAUCGCGGCCAUCACAGGACGGCUCCCAGUCGCCGGCUCCGGAGGAGCAGCGAGGGCGCAGCCGGUCCAGGCGCGGCCAUCGCGGUGAGGUCGUGGUUAGGGAGAUCGUGCGCGCGACCGCAGUCAGCGGUAGCGUACCCAUCACCUUCCCGAUGCUCACACGCUCGAACUACAACGAGUGGGCGUUGAUCAUGGAGUGCAACCUCCAUGCGGCGAGCCUCUGGGCUCCCAUGGAGGACGACCUGGUCGAGAGAAAGGAGGACAGGAAAGCCGUGGCGGCCCUCAUGCGCGCCACGCCGCCGGAGAUGCACGGCAUGCUCGCGGCGAAGGCAAGCGCCAAGGAGGCGUGGGGAGCCAUCCGUACCCAGCGCCUCGGCAGCAAUCGCGUGCGCGAGGCGAACGCGCAAAAGCUGCGGGCGGACUUCGAGAACAUCGCCUUCAAGGAGGGCGAGCUCGUCGACGACUUCGCCAUGCGGAUCUCCAGCGUUGCGUCACAACUCCGAGCGCUUGGUGACACCAUGGACGAUGUGAGAGUCGUGCGGAAAUUUCUCCGCGUUGUGCCACCUCGCUUCGCUCAGGUAGCGGUCUCCAUCGAGACCUUGCUUGACCUGAGUGAGCUCUCCAUCAAGGAGCUCACGGGCCGGUUGCGGGUGGUCGAGGACCGCCUUGACGACGUCCGCGAGAGCUUUGGCGGCGGACAACUCCUAUUCUCAAAGAAGUGGGAGGUGAGGAAGCAUCAAGGACGUGGUGGCGGUGCCCAGAGCAGCGGAGGCGGCACCGGCAGAGGCGGCGGUUGCACCCAGGGCGGAGCCGGACGAGGUGCCGGCAACGACGACCGGGACAAGUGUCAAUAUUGCAACAUCAAGGGCCACUGGGCCUGUGAGUGCCGCAAGAGGAUGGCUGACGAGGAUGCCGCGGCCGCGGCGAACCUCGUCGAGGCUGAAGAGGACGGUGGGCCAGCAAUGAUGAUGGCUUGCGUCGAGACCAUGCAGGAGGGCGCAGCGCCUCCGGCGGCCAUGGUCCCGACAAGCAUCGAAGCCAUGCAGGAGGGCGCAACACCUCCGGCGACCAUGGUGCCGGCAACCGUUAAGUCCGUGCGGGAGGCAUGGAGCUCUUCAAGUAAUCCCCUCCCGACAUCGUAGCACUCUCCCCGGCAACAAUGUUCUCGGGAGACUACGAUUGGGAGGAGAUGAAGACCCGGGUGUGGGGGAGCCACGCCCCGGCAACCACGUCCCAUGCGACGUUGGUCAAGCCCGUGCAAGUUCGCACGACAAAGGCGUACCCGACAUCCUCGGGACCCGACAAGCCCGUGUCAGGAGGCACGACAACGACGCAUCUAGUGGGCCACGUCCCGACCAUGAUGCUGGCAACCAGUGAGCCCGUGCAAGAGGCACGACACUCUAAGGUCGGCCACACCCCGACAACCAGGUUCUCGGGGUUCUGCAAGCCCAUGUGGGCGACACGGCACUCUUCGACAAGCCUCAACUGGGAGGCAAUGAAGAGACGGUCAUGGGGCGGCAAGGCCUCGACCGAGACUAUGGCGACCAUUAAGUCCAUGCAGGAGGCACAACGCUCUAUGGUUGGCCACGCCGCAACCCAGACGCGCUCGGGGUCCAUCGAGUCCGUGCGGGAGGCACGACUCACAACUAUUAGGGGAGACCCAACAAGCAAGUCUGAUGGGAAGAGCGACAAGGAAUCCACUACCUUGGGAGAAGCCACACCGGGUAGUGCGAUGUCCGAUAAGUCAUCCCCGGGAAGGGAGUUCCCGGGUAUCAUGACGUCUGACACGUCGACCCAGGAAGGGAGUUCCUCGGUAGUGUGAUGUCAGGAACUACGACUCCAGCAACACUGACGCCUACAAGCGAGGUGCUUUGUGGGCAGUUCAUGUUCCUGCCAACAGCGCGGUCAGACUUGUUCGAUGCCGACAACAACGUUGGCACUCCACACAGGUUCCGACGCCUAGGGGGGUGUUCUCGGCGAGCCUGCGGGACGAUCGCAGCACUGCGAGAUCAAAAAGGACGAGCACGGCGUACGGGCUACUCAAACUACGAGAAGACGGACAUCCCAAAGAAGACACUUGGUCGCGUUUGGUUCCAGGAACCACGCGAGAAGAUCGGGAUCAUGGAAACAAGCUCCUUCGACAAAUUGAACGACCCUCACAUCCCUGGUACGGCGAGGGGAAGAUGAGAAGCAGGAGCCAGCAGAGAAGCUACUCCGUCGAGCCAGCGACGGGAUCACGGGGAGCCAUCUCCGGCGGCGGCGGAGCUCUAGGGCUGAUGGUUGCCAUGGAAAACGUCGUGAGUCUGCGGCUACUUCUCGAUGUUGGGUCAACCUGGUCUUCGGAUGGUCUUCAGCAUGCAUAUAGCGGCACAGCUUGCAUGCAACGGUAGUAGUAGUUAUUACUUAGCUAUGAAGUGAUAGAAGGUAGUAGUAGCUGCAUGUCGGCAGUAGUAAUUUCCUGAGCAGUACAGGAGGCGUGGCUUAGUAGCUAAGCUUUACAGCAUAAGUCAUGAUGUCAUUUAGGCACUGGACCUCAGCACAUGCGUUCUAUAGUCGGUUUGUAAUCCCCUAUAAAAGGAGCACUACUCCAUCAAUGUAAGAUCAUUCCACUCCGAUCAAUUCAAGUAGUAUCUUUUCUCAA